CGUUUUUCCGCCAGCAGUAUAAUUUUGAGACGGCCCCUGAACAUUGCUUCACAGUGCUGUGUCCUGCUCAUGGAGAACCGGGUCCAGAUGGAGCUAAUUUUCUGAAAUCCCACGGUGGCAAUUGUGGUGAAAAAUGAGCGCAUAGCUCCUUUCCUACAUUUCUGUUUUUUCCCCACUUUUAAAUCCAGUAAAUUUAUUAAUUAACUCGCCUAAAAUCAGGUGCGGAUGUAGCAAACCCACACGUUACUCCUUCGGUGGCUGGCUCCUCUCUCUGUGUGUUCACGCCGACAUGAAAAGAAACGGCACGUACAAGUUUCUUUCGGUUUUCUCAUGCUUCGUCGUCUGUGCUUUCUUGUUCAUAUUCUGGUUCUUUAUAUUUUACUCCAUGGUUCAUGCACCGUGAGGCACAGACACGUCCGUAGCAGCUAAAGCUAGCCGCCUUUGCUUUAUUGACAAGUCCCGUGAUCACAUGACCAACUUGACCAGGAAGUAGGGGGAUUUCUGUACUUGGCUUCAUAGCCCGUUAGUGAAGUUGCGAUGGCAUCUGACACCAGUGGAGCAGCGUCCUCGACCGCAGACCUCAAGCUGCAGUUUGCUCCCUUCAGCAGUGCUCUGGAGGCCGGCUUCUGGCACCAGCUUACUCAGAAGAAACUCAAUGACUACAGAUUGGACGAGAGCCCCAAAUGUAUUAAAGGAUAUUACUACAAUGGUGACCCACUUGGUUUGCCCACUCGGCUGACGUUAGAGUUCAGUGCAUUUGAAGUGGAUGGUCCGACACCAGCCCGUUGCUCUCCAGCUAUUGGAACGCUGUAUAACACCAACACACUUGAUGCCUUCAAGACCACCGAUAAGAAGGCUCUGCUGGAGAAAGAGGCCAAGGAGAUAUGGGAUGCUAUCCAGUCUGGGGCUGCACUGAAGGAUCCGUCCAUCCUCUGCCGAUUCAUUCUGCUGACCUUUGCUGAUUUGAAGAAGUACCAUUUCUACUACUGGUUCUGCUUCCCUGCACUCUGUUUUCCUGAAGGGAUAAAGAUUGUCCAGCAGCCUUCUGUCCUAGAGCAAGUUUUCUCAGCAAAGCAGAUCGCAGCCUUGCAGGAGGCCUAUGAUGGCCUGUGCAUCAAAGGAGGGACCACCGCGGUCCCUUACUUCCUAACGAAAUACACAGAUGACACUGUUCAGAUUGCUCCACUCGGGGACUGGGAUACAUUCUUCGCUGAUGCUAAAAAGGUUACUGUGGGCGUCUAUGAUCCAUGUACUCUGUCUCAACAUCCGGGCUGGCCACUGAGAAAUCUGCUUGUCCUCAUAGCUAACCGAUGGGGCUCAAAGCUGGACACAGUGGAGGUGCUGUGUUUCAGGGACAGAACUCUGCAGGGAAGCCGCUCCAUCCAGCACAGUCUGAUCUUCCAGAUCAAACUACCUGAGCUUCCCCUUAACUCAGCUUGUCCUAAGAGUGUAGGUUGGGAGAAGAACCCUAAGGGUGCCAUGGGACCCAGGAUGGUCAACCUCAGUGAAUGCAUGGAUCCUAAAAGACUUGCUGAGUCAUCAGUGGACCUGAACCUGAAGCUGAUGAGAUGGAGACUAGUUCCUUCCCUGGACCUGGACAAGGUGGUCAGCACAAAGUGUCUUCUACUGGGAGCUGGGACUCUGGGCUGCAAUGUAGCCAGGACUCUAAUGGGAUGGGGAGUGAGACGCAUCACAUUUGUAGACAAUGCGAAGAUCUCAUAUUCCAACCCAGUUCGGCAGCCGCUGUAUGAGUUUGAGGACUGUCUUGGAGGAGGGAAGUCCAAAGCCAUGGCAGCUGUUGACCGACUCACUAAAAUCUUCCCUGGUGUGAAUGCAGAGGGUUACAACAUGAGCAUCCCCAUGCCCGGUCACCCAGUGAAUUUCUCUGAGGCCACUCUUUCCCAGGCUCAGAGAGAUGUCGAGCAGCUGGAGAAGCUGAUUUCAGAACAUGAUGUUGUCUUCUUACUAAUGGAUACGAGGGAGAGCCGCUGGCUGCCUACAGUGAUAGCUGCCAGCAAGAGGAAGCUUGUGGUGAAUGCUGCUCUUGGCUUUGACACAUUUGUCGUUAUGCGCCAUGGCCUGAAGAAACCCCCAGUGAGUCAGAGUGUUUCUGGAGGGCCAGACUCCUCUCCUUCCUGUUCUUCUGCUUCCUCUUCGUCCUCCACACCGGCUGGUUCUGUGCCCUCUGUCCCAGGAUCCUCUCUGUUCUCCAAUAUCCCAGGGCACAAGCUGGGCUGCUACUUCUGCAACGAUGUUGUGGCACCAGGAGAUUCAACCAGGGAUCGGACUCUGGAUCAGCAGUGCACAGUCAGCAGACCAGGCCUUGCUAUGAUUGCUGGAGCUCUGGCUGUUGAGAUGAUGGUGUCCAUUCUGCAGCAUAGUGAAGGAGGCUAUGCAGUGGCCAGCAGCAGUGAUGACCGAAUGAAUGAACCCCCCACCUCUCUGGGUCUGGUGCCACAUCAGAUCCGAGGCUUUCUCUCGAGGUUCGACAACGUCCUGCCUGCCAGCCUUGCUUUUGACAAAUGCACCGCCUGCUCACCCAUUGUCCUAGACCACUAUGAGAGAGAAGGUUUCAGCUUCCUGUCCAAGGUUUUUAAUUCUUCCCACUCAUUCCUGGAGGACUUAACCGGGCUGACACUGUUGCACCAGGAGACACAGGCAGCAGAGAUUUGGGAUAUGAGCGAUGAUGAGAGCAUCUGAAGAACUGGAGGAACACGCCAUGAACCUCUGAAGAACUGGACGAUCUGAUUCAUGUCAUUUUUUUGUUGUUGUUUUUUUUUCAUGUUUACUUUGUAAAAAUGGGACCAGAGCUUUGUGGACGCACUGACAAAAUACGUGUAAUCAGAAAACUAAGCACAUUAUUAGAGAACCAGCUGAAAAGCUUUAAAAUUCAAAUGAUUUUUUAUUUGGAUUCAAGUCGACUUCAGAAUAGAGCAGAAAUAUUGUAAAAAAAAUAAGAUAUAUCAAAAGAAUCAGGUUGCUUUUAGAGCUAAAAUGUUCACUGAAUGUGUUUUUCAUCAUUGUUACAUCAGAAGUUCACUGUCCACAUUGGUUGUAUGAAGCUGUUGUAUUUAGGGUGACGGUAUGUACCCGUUUCUGUCACUUGAUGAUGUGUAAUCAGUCACAUUUACUCCGUAUUUGGAGUAAGAGAAAAAACACAACAGCCUAUAUUUGUAUUAAGGGACUCAGUGAAUGUUCACAGGUUCAAGUCUCCAUCAACACAUUUAACGGGUUUGCUGAAGAGUCCUUUGGCAAGACGUUGACGUGCUACAUCUGCUCGCUCAUUCAGUUUGGAAAAGAGCUUCAGAUAAAUUAUGAAAACACAAAAACACGGUUGACUACUCAGCAAAUCCAUCUGUCUCUCUGUCUGUUUACUGGACAUACAUGCAGUACAGUUAAUACUUAAAACAGCCUUGAUGCUUUCAAGGUAGGAAACCUGCACACAGAUGUUACUGUACAGCAGCUUCUGAUGUGGAAACAGUUCACUGUUACCGGAGGUCAACCUGGAAUCUACAAUUUCACGACCUGAUCUAAAAGAGCGUUUCUGGUUUGCUUGUGUUAACGCAUGCUUGUGUUGGUGCAGUUAAUGUUGCUUUUCUUACUGUCUGAACUGCUGACAUGUUUUGUGUGAGUGUAAUGACGUACAUUUCUAAAGCCGCUAAGAUAUUUACAUAAGAGGACUGAUGCAAUGUGAAAAAAAAAGAUUUGAGAUUUCAAAAUAAAACUCCAGAUUUUAUUGUCAAACCUGAGAUUAAACUCAGGAGUCUGAACUGUUUUGUUGCAUUUUUUCCUCUUCUGUAAGUAUUUCACCAAAAACUGCAAUAAAAGUCUCUUUAUUAUUUCUGUUAAAA